AGACGAACCCAAGUCGAGACCAAACCCAAGGCCGAGACAAAACCCAAGGCCGAGACAAAACCAAAGGCCAACAGGAAACCAAAGGCCGAGUUGAAAUCAAAGGCCGAGUCGAAACCAAAGGCUGAGAUGAAACCCAAGGCCGAGAGGAAACCAAAGGCCAAGACGAAGUCAAAGGCCGAGAGGAAACCAAAGGUCUAG